AUGAGCAGCCACAAGCGGCCCGUGCGUUCGGCGACGGCCACCAUCGCCCAAAUGGAGGAUUUGAUAGUGGACCUGGUCAAGAUCAAGGAGCAGAGGGAGUCGAUCAGCCACAGACCCAAGGACAGCGCGUGCAGCAGCAUAUGCAGCACAGACGACGUUCAUCUUCCCCACAUCAACCCUUCACCUUCAUCAUCCACCAAUUUGUAUCGAGUAGAGCCGAUCUCAGGCCGAGACAGCACUAGUAGCGGCGGCAGCGACCGAGAGCAGGCAUCGGUGGCACUAGGCGGAGAGAUCGAGGACCUCAGGGAGAAGGUGCGGUUCCAGCAGGUGCUCAUCGACGGCCUCAAGACCAAGCAGGUCCUGGUCGAGGAGAAGGCGCGGCGGCUCGCGACCAAGACCCAGAGCCUCGCCCUCCGCGUCGAGGAGCAGCAGGAGGAGAUCCGCCAGCUGCGCGCCGCGCUGGCUCACGAGCGCGUCCACCGCGAGCGGUUGGUCAAGGAGGAAGCCGCGGCGCGGCGCGGCGCCACCACCAAGGUCAAGCCCGACAAGCGCGACAGCGGCAUGGGCGACGCCAGCGACAUGAGCGAUGGCAGCACCAUCAUCGUCCGGCAUGACGACGACGCAAAGGCGACGGCCGCGAGGAGCUCGGGCGAGGUCGUGGCGGAGCCGGAGAGGACCACCACCAGCGAGCGAGGCCGAAGCCGGGCCAAGGAGCGGCUGAAGAGCUGCAUCUCGGCGCAGCCGAUGAUCGGCGGUGAAGCGAAGAAGAAGCGACGUCUGGAGAAGAAGAUCGCCAGCGCGCGCGAGGACUUUGAGCGGAAGGAGGUCAUGCUCAAGCGCGUGGUGGAGCGGCUCAACGCCGAACGCGUUGUGGACAACUACUGCGCGGCUGCCGCCAGCGGCGAGACUCGGCUGACAGUGUUGCAGGAGGAGGCGAAGGAGGAGAUCGACGGGAGCAGCGAAAUCAAGCGCGCCUUCAUGGAGCGGCGAAGCCAGAUCAUCAACGAGUUCGUCACCACCGAGGAGGCCUACGUCAACAGCUUGCGCACCAUCGUCGAGGUUUACCUGACGCCCCUGCGUGAGGCGCUACUCAACGGCGCAGAGAUUCUCUCCGCAGAGGAGAUGGAGACCCUGUUCAGCAGGGACAUAACGACGAUGUUCACUCUGCAUGCCACGCUGCUCAUCGAGCUCCAGGGCUCGGCCGCGUUCACGCCGGCGCUGAGCUCCUUUGUUCCCUAUCUCAAGAUCUACACGCAGUAUGUGAACAACUUCCCGCAGGCGACGGAGCUCCUCACUCAGAAGACCGCCCGCUCCCGCCGAUUUGCCGAAUUCAUCAAAGAACGCCAGGAGGUACCCGCCAGCCUGUCUCGGCAAGAUUCCCAUCCAGAGUUGGGCAAGACCAACGAGACCCUGUCCUCGCUCCUGGUCAUGGACAUAUUGAACUGCACCCCACAAGACUCUGCGCAGGCGCAGGAGCUGCAUAACCUGUUGCAAGCCGUGCAGGAGGUCAACACCCACGUCAACGAGAGCAAGCGCAAGGAGGAGAACACCCAGAAGCUGCUCCUCAUACAAAAGGGGCUCAUCGGAAACGGCGACUUAUCCAUCUUUGAUCGAAUCGGCCGCCGGUUCGUCAUGGAGGGACGCAUGGGCGUGCGACUUGUUCAUGGAAAGGGCGGGAGCUCUGCAUUCCCGUCGAAGUGGCGGAAGGUGAAGGCCGCGGACAAGCAGCCCCCUCUCUCCUUCUCGAGGCACCUGCUCUUCCUCUUCAACGACCUGCUGAUGGAGACGAAGCACAUCAGAAAGAGGGAAUUCAAGUUCAAGCGCGUCUUUUUCCUCGAUGCCAUCUCCAUCGACAGCUACGAUGGCAACGAGGAGGACGCGCAGAGGAUCUUUGUUCUCACGGACGAGGAGGACGGUCGCGUGCUGCAUCUCAAGGCGGACUCUGUGCAGGAGAAGCUGGAGUGGAUGCAGGCCAUCGCCAAGCAAAUCGACACGCGACAAGAGGAACAUGAUGGCAAGCAACAGCAGCGAACAACAACAUUCUGA